CGAAUGGGGAGUUCCCGCCAAGUGGAUGAUUUAAGGGGAAGUUGACAAGUGCGGAUCUAUUCGACCCCCCUGGCUCAGAAGGAAAAAAUCAAGUCAAAAAGGAAAGCCAAGAGAAACUAUUGGAUGAAUUGCACGCAUCGAACCUCCACCUGUCGGGCGUUUAUGACUUCGUGUUCGUUUUCCCUCUCGACGACAACCUUGGACUUGAUCCGCGUCCGUUUCUUCCGUCCUUUCUUUCCUUUUUUCGUCACACUUUUUUUUCUUCGCGGUUCCGCACGUGAGAGCCCGCCUUCUCUCCGAUCUCGCGCAGUGACGUCUUCCUCUUCCUUUCAAUCGCCCACGAGUCCCUCACAUACCCUCCGAACGGCUUCAACAGACCACUGCCUGCCAUGGUUCGCCCUCGUGGUCGGUCGCAACUGGGCGUGGACAUUCGCGGCGACACCAGCGCGCCCGCAAUGUCCACCAUGAACGAAGUUAGCCCGAUUGAACCCACUUCCCCGGACUCGAGCAAGCAAUUGGGAAAUCGCAUCGCGGACAAGUCUCCCGGGAAGUCACCGUCGAAGAAACGUCGCAAUCGCUCCCUCCUCCAUCGAUUCGCCGAUACCUGCAUCCGGUAUACAUGGCUGCUCCCGCUGCUUAUCAUGCUCUUCCUGCUGUCGCUGUACGCGGUCAACCCGACUACCUCCAACCCGAUGCACAGCGCCAUCUUCCUCUCCUAUCCUCAGCCCCCCAAGACCCCCGGUGGACCUAUCAUGUACGGCAAAGGCAAGAAGGAUAUCGCUUUCGUGGCAUUCUACACCGUUGUUCUCUCGUUCACGCGCGAAUUCAUCAUGCAGCAGUUAAUUCGCCCGCUGGCAGUGUGGUGCGGGAUCCGGGGUAAGGGCAAGACUGCCCGCUUCAUGGAGCAGGUCUACACCGCAAUCUAUUUCGGCAUCUUUGGGCCGUUUGGGUUGUACGUAAUGAGCCGGACGAACAUUUGGUACUUCAACACGACUGCCAUGUUUGAGGGAUUCCCUCACCGUGAGCACGAGGGUGUGUUCAAGGCGUAUUACUUGCUAGAGGCGAGUUACUGGGCGCAGCAGGCUAUUGUGCUCUUGUUGCAGCUGGAGAAGCCCCGUAAGGACUUUAAGGAGCUGGUGGGUCAUCACAUCAUCACUCUGGCGCUGAUUGCGCUGAGUUACCGCUUCCACUUUACUCAUAUGGGUCUGGCUGUGUACAUCACCCACGACAUUUCGGACUUUUUCCUUGCUACGUCUAAAACCUUCAACUACCUCGACUCCGUCAUUGUCGCGCCCUAUUUCUGCAUGUUUGUCGGUAUCUGGAUCUACCUCCGCCACGUCCUGAACUUGAAGAUUCUCUGGGCCGUUCUGACCGAGUUCCGCACCGUCGGUCCCUUCGAGCUCAACUGGGAGACCCAGCAGUACAAGUGUUGGAUCAGUCAGUAUAUCACCUUCGCUCUGCUGGCUAGUUUGCAAGCUGUCAACCUGUUUUGGCUCUUCCUGAUCCUGCGCAUCCUGGCCAACUACAUCUUCAACAGCGUGACCAAGGACGAGCGCUCCGACGACGAGGAGUCCGAAGAGGAGAUCGAGAACGUUACCGAGUCCAAGGCUACUAUUGCCACUGGAGUCGCCAAGGAGAACCUUGCACCCGAGGUGCAAGUCAACGGCGAGCCCGUGCCCGAGCAACGGGGCCCUCGGACACGUAGCCGCAAGGCUUGAGGAGUAAUGCAAGGACCCGAUAACGAAAUUCCAGCCCUCAUCUUAAUAUGAUGCGGGUCUGGGGGUUGCAUGCUUUUCCAUCUUUUUUACAUGUUUCCAUUUUUCCCGUCCGUCAUCGGUUGCAUGGCCGGCCCCUUGGGCAGCGCGGCGCUUCCCUGUUUAUAAUAAUGCAUUAAUGGAUUGCAUUGGAGGAUCUUGUGAGAGGCUUAGAUGAUCCGGGGACAGGCACGAGUAAUGCUGUUGACGUUUGUGCAUGACUGGCAUAAUGUGCCUGAGCGAGGUUUAUCCGCUUGCUUUGCCUUCUGAGAUGUCACUCCCGGGUCUGAAGGAGCUUGAUUCAAGAGUAUCACAGGCCAACGACAUGUGGUACGUGUUGAGCGGAUGUGUGAUGUCUUUCGUUUCGAUUCAUGCACAGUCCAUUUUGGUAUUGGUUUUGGUUCUUGUCUGUAUUUAUCAUGACCUUUUAAAACUCUUCCUUUCUCAUGUGAUUUUAGCUGUCGUCGGUGUUUGUUUAGGAAUGAUGGGCUAUGCGGAUGAGACGAAUAUAUCAAUGAUUAUUAAUGUACUUUUAACCUGGUAUGGUGCCUUUAAUCUUUUUCAAGAAUCAG